AUUUUCAUUUUCAUUUUCAUUUUCAUUUUCAUUUUCAUUUCUUUUAACGCACACUUCCACCGCUUGACGCACACUUCCCCCUCCUCCAUCUUAGCACGCUCCUCCUCCCCCUGCAGAUCGUUCACCAUAUCACCCUCGACCAUCGACACUCCUAUCGUCACUCAAGGGAUUCAACCAUCCGACCUGGAACAGAACCAGAGAACCAAAGACCGAAUACACCCAGCGCGUGGACCCGAUACCGCCUGGUCAGCCCCAAGCAGAGUCAUGGACGACAACACCAUCCUUUCCCUGUGUUUCCCCUCGACACAGGUGGGCGGCACAGUCGACGAGGCCACGACGAGAAUAUUUCAGCAGCUCUGUGAGGAGCAGACUCGGGCGAAUCAGUGCCAGGCAAGCCUCCAUGUCAGUGUCAGUAACGCAGGCAACAGCAACAGUAACAGCAGCAGUAACAACAGUACCGCAUCCGUCUGCGCCAACAGCACCACCACCAGCAGUGCCAACAGCAGCACUAGUUCACUCACUGCUGUUGCUCCUAAACACACUUCGGUCGAUACCCACCAUACCGCUGUAGUAUACAAUGUAACGCUGUCAGGAUCCUACCAAAAAGUCAUGCUCGCCCGAGGGGUUUUUCUGCGCAAUAGCCCAUUGAAGCCAAGGCUGUCGAUCCCUGUGAGCAAGGCGUUGAUCACCUUGAGUGAACCCCAGGAAACCGUUCAGGAUGAAGCUAUGACGACCGAGGAUGCUGCAAAAGCGCAGAAGCAGUCUUCGCUAACAACAUCAACAGCAGAAACCCGUGUGAAUGACCAGGAGCGAACAGAUGCGUCGGCAUCUUUAUCAUCACCAUCAACAAUACCACGCUCCGCCGCAGCAGUGACUUCAGGAACACCCAACACCGCAUCCGACCGCAAGAUAGAGGUAGAUACCCAGAGCCAAGGUCUCACAGUCGCCACUUCAGAGUACUCUCCGAUAUCCAAUGAUGACAAAGUAGCGAACCAUUCUGCAGACCUUUCAUCAACAUCAAGCGAAAAGGCAUCCGUUGUAGCCCCAUCAGCAUCCUCGACCACUACACCCACACCUACACCCACGUUUACAGUCCUGCCUCGGUUCAAGGCAGCCGUCGAUGAGAUCUCGGCCAAGACCAGGACCUCGAUUACGCUUUUAUCCAGCCUUACUCCUUCUCACAUCCUCGGGCGAUCAGUCGUGGCCGGUUUCGCCCGGAGAGAUAUGGUCGAGUUGCAGGUCACAGGGACAUGGGAGAAUGCUGAGGCGGCUCGUCUUCUGUUGCUGGUCGCGAUUGACACUCUCAAGGCUGGCGUCGUCUCAGAUAAGCUGACUGUCGAGCUCAAGUUUCAAAACAUGAUCGGUGGUAGGAAGCGUCAGGACUUACAGGAGCUGAUGGCCAGGACAAGGACAAGCAUCUAUCUAACUUCGCCGCUUGUUCAGACGGCCAACAAAAGCGGCAUCCCAGUCGACUCCCGGUAUAACGAAAUUUACAUCACAGGCGAGGCGAAGCAGGUGGCGACUGCCAAGGACGCUCUCUCGCGGGCCAAUCGUCGAGCACAGGCAUCGUCCCUUUCAUGCACUCGCCAAGUCAAUAUUGCCACACGCAAGCUGGACUGGAUGCUGCAAAACCACCGUGAGAAGUUACGCAGCAUCAUGACUGACAACGCCACCUUUAUUGCAUUCCCACCGCUGGGGGGAACACAUCCUACCAUCUCUGUCUAUGGUGAAUCAGGUGUGAACGUCGAGCGGACCAUCCGUACAGUGAUGCAACUGUCAUGUCAUUUCCACUCUGGAUCUAUCACCAUGCGGGAUAUUGCUUUGUCUAUCCAUGUCUCGCACACACACUCCUCAAUUCCCAACAUUUGCAAGCUCGUUUCACAGGCUGCCGGAGCGGAAGUGGAAUACCGAAACAACGGGUUUCUCGUGUUUGGCAGUGAGGCCCAGACCAGGAUGGCGAUGCAGUUUCUGACGGAAGUUGAUAUUGUCAAGGCUCUUCCAUCCGAGUUCAAGUUCUCAGUAGAGUUGGCGAACGAACACCGCGAGUUCAUUUCAGGAAAAAAGAACGGCAAAAUCAACCGUAUUAUGAAGGCAACAGGAGCCAAGAUCAAGUUUGACCAGUGCAACGAGUACAACUUUUACGUUGAUCUAAGUUCUACCAUCUCCGCAAAAGCCAUGGAGGCACUCGCGCUGCUUCAGGAAGAGCUUCCAGCCGAAAUUUCCUUCUUUGUGCCAGAGGCAUACCACAAGCGGAUCAUCGGAGUUGGUGGCAAGAAUAUCCAGCGGAUCAUGAAGAAGUUUGGGGUGUAUGUGAAGUUUUCCAAUUCCGAGGAGUUCGCGACUUUGGGAGGCUAUUUCGACAACCUUGAUAACGUCGUGGCGCGGACACCAUCGAAGAACGCUAUCAACCUUGACAAUUUGAAGCAGGCUGUCAUGGAGCUCGUGAAUCCAAAGGAUAAGGAUUUUGUUAGCCAUCAUCUGGUCAUACCCAAACAACAACAUCUGUCCCUGCUAUCGGAUCAUGCGAUCGCCCUGAGGGAGAUCCACGACGCUACCAAUGCGACCGUUCUAUUUCCCGUACGCGAGACAGGAAGCGACAUCGUCACGAUUUCUGGACCCGAAUCCCUUAUCCAACAGGCGAUUACGAUGCUGCUAUCGAUGGUGGACGAGCAGAAUGUUUAUCCUGUCAAGUAUUCAGAAAACCUUGGCAGAGUCUUGGCCUUGCCAGAGUUCCAGUCGGAUGUUGUGGACGCAAUGAAGCGAGCAUGGAAUAUGACGUUAGUUGUGCCUGAAGUCAAGAGUGUUCACAUUCCAGAAUCUCAGGAGUUUACAUCGACCAAAGAACCUGCAACCCCGUCUCCCACAAUCUCCUCAGCACAGGCAGCCGAAAAGAUUCCAAAGCCCAUCUUGAAGCAAGUGAAAAAUGAAUCUAAACAGGCGGCUGAGGCAUCGCAGGACGCUGCCAAGAAGGACGAAGAGGCAUAUCAGCCAGCAUCCUCAAGUAACGAAAAUCAGAAGCCGGUCAAGGCGCCGACCGACCACGUGUUCGUUUUCGAGUAUACUCGGAAUAACGAGGACUAUUUGCAGAGCGCAAAGGAUCUUCUGACGCAGUUCCUAACCAGUCAUGGAAUCGAGGUCUAUGAUGAUGAGCCCCUGAUUCCGAGGCCGCGAUCCACCUCCUUUGGAGAGUCGCUCAUACAUUUUCACAGCAGGAUUCCCUCGUCGACUGUCGCUGAUUUGCCAGCACGAGGUUCUCCCGACUACGCGCUAUUCGACAACGCAGCAGCCGCUUAUGAGCCGAGUUCUGGGCACGCGUCAGUCCUCGGAGCAGGUCCUUUGGCGACAUCAGAUAUUCGCUCUCUGUUCGCGCCGUCGUCUCCUUCAGGUCUCCCAUCGAUCGAUACGUCUUCAUCCAGGUGGUCAGACCACAGCCGUAGCCUGAGCGCGUUCCCGGCAUCGCCCUCGACGCACAGUUCUGCUUCUUCGACAGCUGGAUCUUCGUUUGGCUUGGGAUCUGCGUCCGUCAUCGGUCAUAGUCCCAGUGGAUCCAGUAUCUAUCCUCGAGUGACCUCCCUGCCAGCCGACCCUUGGACACCAUCCAAGCAUGUGCAGCGACAGUCCCAAACCUCUGGCGGUUAUCUGGGCACUAUUGGCGACUUGCGCUCCACAUCCUCUGGUGUCGCGCAUACAGCUGGAUCGCAUGGAAGUGGUUACUAUCUGCCUGGCUACCCUCAGUCUCCACAUAGCUCCACGCACACACCUGAGGCUGGUUUCAUCAAAGCGCCUGGAUUCCAAACGCCCGGCUCUACGACCUCGGGCCAUCGUUAUUCGGCUGGUAAUUCUCCAGUUCAAGGACCGACUACCAGCAUUGGAAACUUUGGAAAUAUAAUGGGUCAUCAAGUCUCGCCACAGCAUACAUCGGUCCAAAGACCGUCGUCAGGAUCCUCCGCGAAUCGUGGUAGCAUGCAAUUUCUAGAAGAUAAGAUGCUUUCUGGAGCGACUUUUGGACCCGGAUAUGGACCGUCCUUAAACAGUGGGAGUGGGCGUACCUCUCAUCAUCAUCAGCAGAUGACGUACCAGCAUCAGCAACAACCGCAGCCUCAACUUGCUCAACAACACCAGCACCAACACCAGCACCAGUCCUUGAAUCCAUCAUACCCCCAGCAACAGCACGGAUAUUCUGGUCAAACAUACCCUUCUCACCUCCAGCUUCAUCAUGGAUUGAUGUAUCCCCAGCAGCGUCAGCGCCAUUCGAGCCAGAACAGCGCUGCCAGCCAUCACACCAUGGGCCUGGGUCAUAUCGGAGGAGGCCCGGGCUCUGCAGGAGGCAGCGUCAACAGCGAUGAGAUCUCAACCGAGGAUGACAGUGAUGAGGUCUUUGACGAGAUGAGAAACCGCCAAAAGGUGCAGUCUACGUCCACUCCAGUGUUUCAGCAUUCGAUGCACCAGGGCUAUCAUCAGAGCAGUUUUGGAAGCGGAUACGAGGGUUAUUCGUCACACAAUUCUUCGUCCUCGAGUUUACUGAAUCGUAGAGGAUCAGCAGGAUCGACGCACAGCAUCGGCUUUCAACAUCAGCAUCAACAGCAACAGCAGCAGUUUUUCUCGCAAAAGCCGUUGGACUACUCUUCGCACCUGAACAGUAGUGGCAUUGAUCUGUAUGGACAAAAUGCUCUUGUCAGUGCCAUGGAGAAGCACUCUAUCAGCAACAACCAGUCAGAGAGCGACUUGAGCGUUGGUGGUGGUCGAUCUUCGCAGGGACGAUUUGGCCAAAGUCGCCAGUCGACGGGUAUGUCGAGCGCAGUUGGUGCAGGAUUGGGCGGAGCUGCUACGGGAUCGAGAUUUGAGGACGACCGCGGCUUCUUCUCAAGCGGUUUCGGUGGUAUCAUUGGUGAGGGGGCUCACGGAUACGGUCAAAUGACCAAUGGCUCAAUGACUAGCCUUGGUCACCCUUCCGGCGGCACAUUUAGCCAGCAUGCCUCAUCCAACGGCCACCGGAGCGGCAGCAGUGCCUUUGGCAGUUAUGGGGCGAACUCUGAUUAUGGUGGUGUAACCCCGGCAAAUACUAGUCUGUCGUCCUCGGCCUCACCAUUCUAUUUGGACUCGGCUCUCCAUCCAGGACAGUCUGCGGACCGUGUCAACGAGACAAGCCGCGUGGUUGGAUGGGAUCGUUAGAGACGCUGCAGACUGUGUCCUCCUACUGAGGGCCUGCAUUCCUUUUUUUUUGUUUCAAGGGUUUGCGGUUUUUAUGAACAAGUCGCUUCUUUUUUCCUUCCUUUCUUCCUUUUUUCAUGUACAUGCUUUCGUCUCAUUCAUUCUUGUUUACUGCUUGCAAUUUACCUUGCUUUUCUGCAUGCUUGCAUAUCACCAUCGCGGCCGUUAUCCUCUUUGC